GCAGCUUCCAACAUACAAAAAGGUCGUAAUGCCUCCUCCUGGACCCAUUCCACCAGGUUAUGAUACCAUCAAUCGGACGAAUCUGUUUCGAAACCCACCAUCCGACGGAACAUCAGUCCCAAUUUUGCAUGAGCUAGUAGCUCCCCACAUACAGAGCUUCAACGCGCUGUUCGAUGCUUCUGGACCAGGCGAGACAAAGGGAUUACUCAAGCUUGGUAUUGAGGAUAUUGGAGAGAAAGUAGUAUUUGAGCGGUAUGAGGAUGGUGAGCCAGCCAGCGGAGCAAGGUUGUCAAUACGAAUCAAAGAUGUCAUUGUCGGCAGACCCAUGGUACCGGAUCGGGAUCGAGUAUCGAAAGAACGGAGGGUAUUUCCAUUUGAAGCACGAGAGCGCUUGACCUCAUAUCGUGGUCGCAUGUCGAUUAAGUUGGCAUGGUCUGUCGAUGGUGGUCAGGAGGAGGAUGACACCCGAGAUUGCGGUUUAUUACCUAUUAUGGUCCGAUCCGAUCGAUGUAACCUCAAAGGCAUGUCCUCCGCCGAACUUGUGGCGCACCAUGAAGAAGCUGAGGAAUUUGGCGGCUACUUUCUCAUCAACGGAAACGAGCGUCUCAUCCGAUAUCUCAUCCUGCCCCGACGAAAUCACGUCAUGUCACUAAUCCGACCCUCAUACACCAACCGAGGAGCCAGCUAUACUCAGUACGCUGUAACAAUGCGAUGCGUUCGGCCGGAUCAGACGAGUUUGACCAACUCACUGCAUUACCUCGUGAACGGGACCGCUAUGCUGCGUUUCAGCUGGAGAAAGCAGGAAUAUACCAUCCCGAUCAUGCUCAUUCUGAAGUGCCUCAUGGGGGCCAGCGACAAGGAGGUAUUCGAGGGCAUCGUAAUGGGCGACUACCAGAACACAUUCCUGCUCGAUCGAGUGGAGCUGCUUUUACGGAGCUUCAAAAACUACUCAUUGCCAACAUCACAGCAGUGCCUCGAAUAUUUGGGCCACAAGUUCCGAGUGGUGCUGAACUUGCCAGAUGACUGGGAGGACGUACACGUAGGGUCUUGGCUGAUCAACAAGGUCAUCCUCGUUCACCUGCCGGCAGCAAGAGAGAAAUUCCGCAUGUUGCUUUUCAUGCUUCGAAAGCUCUACUCGCUGGUCUCUGGUGCGUCGUGUGCCGACAACCCGGACUCCCCACAGAAUCAAGAGAUACUGCUCCCUGGCUCUUUGUACGCUAUGGCGAUUAAGGAGCGACUGGAGGACGCAUUGAAUCAGAUCCGCAAUAUGGUGACGCUGGAUCAAAGACAGGGUGUUCCGAUCGACUUCCACAAUAAGAAGUAUCUCAAUCGGCUAUUCAAGAAGAUCAACUUCGACGUCGGUGCUCGGAUGGCCAACUUCCUCGCCACAGGCAACUUGAUCUCCCCCACAGGUCUUGAUCUGCAACAAGCUGCCGGCUUCACCGUCGUUGCGGAGAAAUUGAAUUGGUACCGAUACAUCAGCCAUUUCCGUUGCGUUCAUCGUGGUGCUUUCUUCGCCGAGCUGAAGACGACGACUGUGCGAAAGCUGCUCCCAGAAUCAUGGGGUUUCGUCUGUCCGGUACACACACCCGAUGGAGCGCCAUGCGGUCUGCUCAACCAUCUCUCCCGAUCAUGCCUUAUCGUCACCUCCACUCCAUCCGUCUCGCACAUCCCGGCCCUACUCUCCUCACUCGGAAUGACCGAAGCCUUCUCCACGCACGUUGAUGGCCGGCAAAAUCUUUGCGUCCAGCUCGACGGCCGUGUCAUCGGCUGGGCUAGUCCGACAAUCGCAGGUCAGCUAGCAAUUGCCCUCCGAUUAUGGAAGACAGAAGCGAAGCACAACGUUCCUCUGGAUCUCGAGAUCGGCCUGGUUCCAGAAUCAAAAGGUGGUCAGUAUCCGGGGUUGUUCCUGUUCUCCCAAAAAGCUCGUAUGAUGCGACCAGUCAAAUAUUUGCCGAAUGACCGGAUCGACCAUAUUGGAUCAUUCGAGCAGGUUUAUAUGGAUAUCGCCAUUGAGCCUCAGGAGAUCAUCCCGAAUGUGUCGACUCAUGUCGAGCUAUCGCCAACGAACUUCCUCUCAAUCCUUGCCAAUUUGACCCCUUUUUCGAACUUCAACCAGAGCCCGCGUAAUAUCUACCAGUGCCAGAUGGGUAAACAAUCCAUGGGAACGCCAUCAACAGCGCUCAGCCGUCGGACUGAUAACAAACUGUACCGUUUGCAGACUGGUCAGUCUCCCGUAGUUCGUCCAGAGCUUCACAACACCUACGGCAUGGACCAUUUCCCCAACGGGACAAACGCGAUCGUCGCCGUCAUUUCCUACACGGGAUACGACAUGGAAGACGCUAUGAUUAUCAACAAGUCCGCGCACGAGCGGGGGUUCGGCCACGGGACGAUCUACAAGACGCAUGUGCUCGACUUGACCGAAGUCAGGGGUUCACAAAAACGUUCCGCGACGCCGAAUAUCCACUUUGGUAUUGGCACUGAUAUACGACCAGACGAUAAACGCCGGGAGUUUGUCGACUGGGACGGGCUGCCGUUUGUUGGCACGCGGCUGUUGGAGGGAGACCCCAUGGGGGCGCAUAUCGAUGACACGACAGGCCGUACCGUGUUCGACAAGUACAAGGGCAUCGAGGUUGCUUAUGUCGAUACCGUUCGGCUGCUAGGGGGCGACGCGGGUGACACCGAAGCGCAAAAGAUGCAAGUGACGCUCCGGAUCCCCCGCCCCCCGGUGAUAGGAGACAAGUUCUCCUCCCGGCACGGGCAGAAAGGUGUCUGUUCCCAAAAAUGGCCCGCGAUCGACAUGCCCUUCAGCGAGAGCGGUAUGCAGCCUGACGUGAUCAUCAACCCCCAUGCGUUCCCGAGUCGGAUGACAAUAGGCAUGUUUGUGGAGAGCAUGGCUGGGAAGGCUGGGGCACUGCAUGGAUUGGCUCAGGAUGCGACGCCCUUCAAAUUCUCGGAGGAAAAUACUGCGGUGGACUUCUUUGGCAAACAGCUGAGUGCGGCGGGGUACAACUACUACGGGCACGAGUCGAUGUAUUCCGGGAUCACGGGGCAGGAGUUCGCAGCUGACAUAUACAUCGGCGUGGUGUACUACCAGCGGUUGCGGCACAUGGUCGACGACAAGUUCCAAGUGCGCACCACGGGACCCGUGGAUCCCGUCACCCGCCAGCCAGUGAAAGGGAGGAAACGCGCAGGUGGAAUCCGGUUCGGGGAGAUGGAACGCGACGCACUUAUCGCCCAUGGAACGUCUUUCCUCCUCCAGGACAGGCUUAUGAACUGCUCGGACUACUCCACUGCCUGGGUUUGCAGGACUUGUGGCAGCCUCAUCUCACUGGGAUACGAUGAUAUCGCCCUUGGGGAAAGUAUUAUGGCUGGCAGGGGGUUCUCGUCGCGCAAGGUGAGCGGGCCGUCAGGCGAGUACUGCCGUGUUUGCAGAGGGAGGGAAGAGGAGAAGGAAAGGCGCGAGCGGGCGGCGCUCGAUGCUCCUCAAGCACAGGCACAGGCACAGGCACGGGUAGACCUGACAUUCGCCUUACCCAAUGGGAACGUGCUCAAGAAGAGCGGGGAUAUGGACGUCGUCGCUGUGCCGUAUGUGUUUAGGUACUUGUGUGCGGAGUUGGCGGCCAUGGGGAUCGCUGUUAGCUUGGAGGUCAAGUAG